AUGUCUGAUCUUUAUAAUCACCCCGAAAAAGGCUCAAGAGAUAGCCCUUAUCAAAAUGAUCAGCUUGAUCAACGUGGUCAACAUCAUCACGGAAACUUUGGCACAGAUCGUACCACAAACACUAUUGCUUCGUUUCAAACUCAUGGCACCGCUCUUGAUACUAUCAGUAGGAGCGACAGCUAUCCAGAAAGCCAGUCCGAAUAUGCCUAUCGUCAUGGUAAACCGAUAGAGCCAGAUGUAACAAGAAAUAACUUUGAGAGUUCAACAUUACCAGUUAACACCCACACCCAGUACAGUGGCAGCCCAGCUCAAGUUGAACCCCAGAAGCGCAAGUGUAAAGUGGUUAUGCCACUAGACGGAAGUUUGUGUAACUCUGAUUGUCAGCCGGGAACCAGUAUAUGCAUUUUGCACAGCAAUGCCAUGUUACAUCCUCCUACCAACAUGGCUGGAACGAAUCAUUCGCCAUCAUAUUUAGCAGCCAGCAUCACAUUUCCCCCCCUCCCUUCGAUGUUCAACAAGGCUCACCAAUCAUCAUAUCCUCGAACCCCCAGUUCCAGGUCUCAGCACAUGAUCCAACCCGCCAAUAAUACACAAACCACCCAAUACACAACUGGCAAUCAAAGUUUUCAAAAUCCAGCUCCUCCAAGUGGGUCAUUCGAAGCCUAUCGAAGAGACGUUAUGAGUAUGGACCACAUGCUAUUACCUUCACCUGUGGCACCAACUUCUUCUGGAUCUACACCUUCUGCUUCUGUCAAAAAGCACAGACGAACUGAAUUUCCGACAUCUGAGCAGACGAGCGCGGAUCCGCCCCAGAAGAAAAGGAUGCUUGAACGCAACCCAGCCUCCUCUACUUCCAAUUUCACCACACCUGGAUCAUCUCAGCGAUUCACCAUCAAAUGUAUCUCACCGGCUUCAACCCCAAGCAGGAUAAGGUGA